AUGGCCCCUACGAAGCCAACUCUCCAUCCUCUCAAAACUCCAAAAAGCACGACAUUCCCGUCGGAGAUUCAAAGUGGCUCUCUUUCGUCUCCGUCAGAUACAAAGCGUGAAGAUGCAAUGUCCACUCCAAUCACGCCUCCUGUCGCAUAUGCGGAAUUCUUGAAAGCCCUUACGCCAGUGUUUACCAGUCCAGUCAGUCCAGGGACCAGCUUCCCCAAAUUUCCCAUCGAGAGGACCUACACAUCUACGUCACAGCCGUCUAGCGCAACAACCGGUUCAUUUCCUAGUGGCGAUGCAAUCAAAUCUGCUUCUGCAACCUUUUCACCUCAGUCUCCGACAGCUCCCCCUCUUUCUGCAAAAGGAUCGAGCGCGCGAAGACGUUUGAAAAUAUCACCCGUCAAGGGGCCUUCUACGGCAUUCUCGCCGACUACAGACUCUCCGAAAAGCGCUUCGACCGUCAAGUCUCCAUUUUCACCAUCAGAUUGGAAGCUUCGGUAUUUUGAAACCACAAGAAGCACGUCUGGAAAGCCAGUAAGCGUACGCCAAGUAGUGACUCGCACUGUCACCUACAAGCGGACGCCGCUGGAUCCUCCCCCAAAGGGCAAACGGAGGAAAACCAACGAAUCUUAG